UUUUUUCUCUAACAGGCAGACAGGCACACUAACAACAAAAGCAAAACAAACUUAACGCCAAAAUUCAAAACUGCAGUCAAGCUGCUUUUUUUAAAUCGUGAUGGCAAGCAGAAGUAGGCCUAGGUCCAGCAGCAAAAACAGAAUCUCCUUCCCGAUUUCUGUGAAAAAUGGUCAUGAUGGAGAGUACGUCCCUAAAGUUGAGGGCGUCGUGUCUUUCAACAAAGCGAAGGAAAAUGACGACAACAUUGACAUGACGCUGCGCCUGUUGCUGAAAAACAAAAAGGAACAACGCGGUCACAGCGUCCCUCGGCAAAACCCAGCUGAGAAGAGGAUCGAGAACGACCUUCGCCCUACCAAACUCACCAGUGACAAGAGGCACAGGAAAGAGGAAAAGGUUCAGCGCAGCUCUCGUAGGACUUGGGGUGACAUCUUGAGUGAACCAAUAAGCCAGCCUUCUUCGUACGCCAUGAGAUUAUCCCCGGAGAGGGAUGUACCUGACAAUGAGAAGCAAAAUUUGGAUAGUCACAGACGACGAAAAUACUCUGAAUCCAAUGGAGACAGAUUUUCCGAAGCUGAUAAUGUGCCCUCUCUGAAAGCCCUGAAUCCGGUUAGAACGCUACAAUUCUUGAUUGGAGAACUUCAAAGCAUUGUCAAGCCAAAGGGAGACCGAGAGCAAGCUGUGUUCAAAAUGAUAGAAGAUGUGGUCGACCGUCUUCCUGAAGAAAAGUUAACCCCUGAUGUGGAAAAACGUCUGCCCAAUAAUGAGUCUGACAGGAAAUCUUCCAAAGACCAGAUUAGUAGGACAGCCUACGAAAUCCUGAGGAAGGAGCGGGACAGCCUGCAUAGAAAACUUGAUGAGAAGAGCAAAUCUCAUUUGUCUCUUGAGCGGAAACUUGCAGCAACAGAGGCCAAGGUUGUUCGCCUCAAGGCUGAAAGGGAAGAACUGAAAGAGAACUAUGAAAGCCUCAUUAGCAAGCAAAAAGAUUUGAUCGCUACGCUGCCCACACUCAACAACCAAAACCAUCAUAAAAACAUGGAAAGCCACUUGGAAAGUGAACUGAAUAAGGCACACAUGUACAUCACAGCCUUGGAGAGAGUCAACCGGAAAAUUCAGGAAAAAUACAAGAGCAAGCUAGGGAUCAUUCAAGAUAUUUUGAACAACGGCCUCGACUUCCAAGCCCAAGAAAAUGCCCGCUUGACGGAUGUAAUUGGGAUGUCGCCCCUGGAAGAGGACACCCUGGACAACCCUGACGAUAGUGUGAAAACUUUGAGUGUCAAGUCAGUAGUUUCAAACAAAGAGGUGCGUGCCGAGGUCCUGUCAACGUCAUCAGCAGGGCUAAACGCGCAGAAGUACAUUGAUAAAGUUAUGAUGAACAGUGGGCUGUUGAGACCUGACCAAGAGCAUCUCUUCCAGUCGUUUGUUUCGAUUGCGGAUCAAGAGUAAAUCUUCACCCUCAUAAAUUUAAAAAACUGAACAAAUUUAGAAAUAUGUAAAUACUUUAAGAUUAGAGAUAUUACUGUAAGAAAAUUUUCAAAACUAUUUUUCAGUAAAUUAUUUUCAGAUGAUAUUUAAAAA